AUGUUCUCUGGUGAACGUUUUUCAAGGUCACGCACUGGCUGUUUACAGUGCCGCCACAAACACCGGAAGUGCGAUGAGAAACAAUCUACCUGCACCUUUUGUAUCACACACCGACAGAAGUGCGAGUAUCCUUCGGCUUUGCGCUGGGUCCAGCGAGAGCAGCCGAAAUUGUCAAGGCAUAAGUCCCGCCUCCAAAGAUCGCCAGAAGAAGGCUGGUCGGAUGUGCGAGGCCAAGCCCCCUUAAUCUUGGCCAAUGCUGUCUUCCAAUCUGCUGAUGAACAAUCAGCAUGGGAGUAUUACAUCCGCCUAGUCUCGUCGAAUGUUCCGGCUCUAGACGGCCCCGACAAUCCCUAUCGCCAGUUAUCCGUCACUGCGCUGUCGUCUCCGGUCCUCCGAGAAACCAUUCUUUGUAUCUCUACGGAACAUAUGCUAAACUUUGGAUUAGGCAGUGUGUCCGUAGCUGCCGAGCGGCAGCGUCAAAUGCUGCGCUCCAUUGCUCAAGGUCUUCGCACCCUGGACAAUCGUACGAGCAUAAGCUUGGAGGGGAGUGUGAUGAGCGUUGAUAAUUACGAAGCACUUCUUGCUGCAAUCAUCCUCCAGGGCGUCGUCGUCGCCCAAACGGAGGAUGGGGCAGUUGAACCACACGUGAAAUGCGCAGCGUUUCUUAUCCGAGCCCUUGGUCUCUUCCGACAAGAACCCCGGACUCCCCUAGUACGCAUGUGUGUGCAGAGGUUUGCAAUGGUCGAUGUAAUGCUUGCCAUCUCACGCCAGCGCCGACCGUUUGCUCCGAUCGAUUUCAUUCUCUACCAGCCGGAUGAGAGCCGGUGGGACCGGACUGAGCCAUCAUUUCUGAAAAUGACAGGCUGUCCACAACCUUUAAUGUGUCUUUUAGUCCUGCUUUCGCAUCUUGCUUGCGAUGUUGACGACCGCCUAGAGAGCGGAAAGCCUAUAUCUGAUCUCCUUGUGGAAGCUUUCAAGCUAGAGACCGAGAUUCGCGCCUUGGGCUCCCAAUAUAAUAACACUACCGCAGACCGUUCGAAAUGGUCACAUCUUGAAAUUCUCGCGGAGUGCUUCUAUUGGACUGCCCAUAUCUUACUCGCUCGUCGUAUCUUUCGGGACGAAACGCGUUCAAUCCGCGUUCAGCAUCUUGCAUGGACCUGCUUUCGAUUAAUGGACCUUUUACCUACAGGAUGUGGACCCGACUCCUCCUUACCACAGCCAUUCUAUCUAGCUGCACGAGAGGCUGUGACAGAAGAGGACCGCAGCUGGGUCCGCCGCAAACAUGAAGCCAUGAUUGGCUAUUAUCGAGAGCUACAACGGAAUGCCGCGAUGCGCUUGACGGAAACCAUAUGGGCCGAGGACGAUAGGCUGAAUCGUCUCCAAAGCAAAGACGCGCAGAAGCUUCAUGAUAGAUUCAUUAGACAGCUUGAUAGACACUCCUGUCUAUUUAUUUUCUGA